AUGUCUCGAGCCAAGGAGAUAGAAGAGAAACUGGGCUUGCAAGCUUCCUUGCAAGCGGUGUUUAAUAACAACAAGCUGAAAGCUUUUGAAUGGCUUCAAACCGAUGUGGGUGGGGAAUGCAGUAAAGAUCUGACGUCGUCAAAGGCUUCGUUUUACCAGCUUCCGGUUGUAGCUGUGGGAGCAGGCCUUAGCUUCGAUCAAGAUUCACCCGCGGCCGGUGGAUCUGGAGAAGAAAUCGCGACCGUGGGAGAAUUUAUACAAAGCGACAAGAAGGUGUCAUCGCUAGCGAAAAAGAAAAAACGCAAGGCUGGCUCUGACCAGCUAGCAAAGAGUACCGGUGGCAUUCACAAGAUAAACGCGGAUGAUACGCGAGCUAUGAUAGCUCUUAAACGAAAGAUGAAGAACUCACAUCGCGGUGAGAUACGCGAAAAGUUGGAACACGAGGAAAUAAAUAAACCUCGAAAAGCCACUGAGCACGAACACGGCGCGCAGUCCUCUGAUAGUGAUGCCAACGAUGAACCUCGCGUCGAGAAGACCAAGAAGAAGUCAUUUGGACUGUUGUUCCAGGGCAAGCAGAAGAAGCGCAAGUAG